CAGGCGUAGUCGUGCUCUUCCCAGCUGUUUGCAGCGGGUUGUGUGUCUGGUCCAAUGUGUGGGAGGAGCAGCAGGGAGAAUUCCAUGUUUUACAUAAACACGAGAUUCCGCAGAUGAUGGAAGUCCAAAGUAACACGCACCAACCCUGAUGCAGGGUCUCUGCCGGAAACAUCGGCUGUUUAUUCCUCUCCAUAACUGCUGCCUGACCUGCUGAGUUCUUCCAGCAUUUGAUGUCAUUUCACCCCCAGCUCUACUCUUAAUGAGAACACUGAUCUUGGAGGACUGGAGAUUUGCUAAUGUUGCAGGAAGAUUUCUAAACUGAUGUCAUUUGGUAAUAGGAACCUCCUGCCUUCCUAAUGGCUCCGAAUUCUCCUGACGUUGUUGGCGUUAUCCCAGGGGUACUUGACAGUGGACAAUAUCAAGUCGUUUUCUGGGGCCUGUUUACCUUUGCUUGUGCCUUUUUGGUCAUGACUGUGUUCAUUUUCUUGUGCAGUAGCUGCAACGGAUCUUCAGAAAAGGAUGACAAUCUACUAAACAUGCCUUCAGAGAAGGAUACCAACAGUUAUCUCGUGAGCUUCAGAAGUGAACUCCCAGCAAAUGGUCACACUGAGAGCCUCACAAAUGGAGACGUCCUUUCAGAUCAAAGUACAAUUGUAAAUUCCUCUGAAGAUGCAUUGCUUCCAGUUGAGCCAAACCAGGAUGCACAGUGUAAAUCUGCAAAAUGUACUCAGAGUAGAGAGCUGCCUGAAAUCCCGGGCAACGAUCCAACAGCAACCGCAGAAUCUACAGAAGUGAAUGAAGCCAAGACCUCACAUGGGGCGUGCAACACCUAUGAAGUGUUAAAGGACAGCUCUUCGCAGGACAUAGUCAUUGAAGACUCUCUCUAUGAAACUGUGAAAGAGCUAAAAGAGGAAACUGGCAGUGUGGUCAAUGAAAUUUAUAGUGAGGCAGAAACUCCAGAUUUGAAUAUUGUGGUACAAGACCAAAAUCAACAGCCCACUGAUGGUACUGCGGCAUACGCAACAGUAAGCAAGGUGAAAGUGAAUCGCAGUCUCUCAACAGAGCAGAUACUGGUUACUGAAGAUGAACCUCCUCAACUUCCGAUAAAGCCGCUGGAUGAAAACGUAGAGAUUGCCGCCGUGUACUCCACCGUGAGUAAAUCAUCGCAGCAAUGGUGUCAGACAGAUUUGGAGUUAGAAUCUGGAUAUGCCUGUAUUGAGGAGGUGACCCCCAGCAGACUGUCGUCUACACCCAACCAUCUCUAUGCAUCUGUGAGUGACUAUGAACGAUCACCUAAAGUAGCAGAGCAAAACAAGUCUGCGGAUGCCGGGGGUGAAGAUCUCGAUCCGGGAUACGAAGCCAUCAGUGGUCUGAAAGAGGCUCCUCCAGAACAGAACAAUGAGGCUGGUGGAAACCAGUCUACCUGCCAGGGGGAGAAUGAUUAUGCAAGCAUUCGUGAAGUGAGUCAGAAGUAACACACCAGGACCCCUGCGGUUUAACUGCAGAACCUCCUGCAAAUCUGCUGACGCACAUCGUUUGGGUUUUUAUUUUAAAGUUCCUGUGCUGUUCAACAUCUGAGUACAUGCAUUUAGGUACCUUGUAAAUAGAAUGUAAGGAAGAAAUAAUUUGAUGGCAUUUAUUCCUUUGUGUUCAUGAGUGAGGGGGAGGGCAAAAUUAUUUUAAGGGUUAUGAAUAGAAAAUUGGAAACCUUUGUUUCUCUGGUUGCACAUCUUCAUGCAAAAGUAGUGCGAAUUAAGUUGUAGAAAGGGCUGCAGUUAGUGCAAUUGUCAUUUUCAUAUAAUGUAAACAUGGGACUUACAUUUAAUUUUGUUUAGGGAAGAAGGGCUAGAAAUUGCUUUACUACAUUUUUAAUGUGUCAUCACAUCAGCACCGUGGAUCAAAUGUGGUGUUUGUAAUAUUUUAAGGGAUAUGAUCUUCAAUUGCAAUGUUUCAGGAGCGGUGUUACAAAUCGAUAGCGUAAUGACAGGACUGCUGAAGACAGACUGCUUCCAAAUGGCCAAAGGAGACUGGCGAAGAAUAUUGCCUGAUAGAGCUGUAUUCUUUGUAUAAGAGGCCUGUUUGACAUGCUCCAGACUGGGCGUUGCUGGGAGGUGUUCUUAAAAAAGUCAUACCACAUGAAUGCUCCCCAUGAACAUCUGGACUUUGGAGGCAGAUGCUCCUUCCCAUCUGCCCCACCCUGUGGCAUGAAAGCAAAAUGAAUUCUUCUCUCUAAUGCAAGAAUAAGCACAAGACAAUGAAAUAUGGCAGAGACUGGCUGCCUAGAGUGAUCCGAAGGCAAAGAAGUUUGAGGUAUACAGUGUGACUUCCACCAAUAAAGCUAUCCCUGUGCACAUAGUGCUGUGCUGGAGAUUGCAGCAAGUCAUGGAAGGCAAAUAGUGCAUUUGGUUUUGACUCUAUAAAUAGCACAAUUUGUUGGGAGAUUCGGUUAAUUAAGGCUUUGUGAGUAAGGAAGUACUGUUGUUUUUUCAGAUCCAGUGAGGUUAAAAAUGACCCUGGAGUUGAAUUUUGGUGUUUGCACACUGUUGACAUCAUGUGGAGAGAUUGCAUGCCAGAGAGAGAAAAAAAAUGGUGCUAUCACAAUUGAAAUUUCUACUCAAAAACCAGGUGUCAAUUUUCCUGAGCUGUACUUAUACUCAUAGGAAUGGAUGUGAUGUUAUUUUACUUUGAGUUAGGCGCAAAAGAGCACAACAACAGAUCGUUUUUUUUUGGGUGGGGGAGCUGUGCAAAGAAGUGAAUUAACAUAAAUUAAAGAAUUGAGUGCAGUACAUGUCUUGUGGCAUAAGGGCUAAGAAGUAUUGUGUGUAGAACAACAAAAAAAUUAAGAAUUGAAUGCAUUUGAUUGACCACUUAAACUUUCCUUGCUUGGUUAUGCUCCAGGUCAAUUAGAAUUGGUCUAAAGUCAAUCAGGUGCAACCACAGUCUUUGUUUUCCCACUGAGUUGUUUCCUACUUUACGCUUUAUACUAUUGAAGCAUUUUGUCAACUAAACCUCAGCUACCUUUCUCCUGUUGGUGUUACUCUAAUAAGAAAAUUACAUGUCUUCCAUUAAGUAUAAAGCUUGAUUCCAAAAGAAUUUCUGAAAAAUUGGAAAGCUAACCUCUGGGAAAAAAUGGCUAAUUCAACCCACUGCACCAGAAAUCAACCUUAACUGCACUUGCUUCUCAAGUUAUAGAAAAGCACAAAGUCUCUGGGUCAGGUUUAUUCAGAACUGACUGCUUGUAAUGACAGGGACACUUACACAAACUCUUCUCACUCUGGUCUUCCUCUAGUUAUUUUAGUCAAUUUGUACCAGAAAUCAAUUUGCCUGAUAAUUUCAGGCUUUAGUUGAGGGGUUGAAUUACUCAUCUGCACACGUUAUUCUUGUGAUGUUACUGUAACAGAAAUAUUUAAGAAACUAUUGUUCCACCCAUCGGCUUCAAAGACAGCUCGCCACUGACUCCUGUGUGUUUUCAAACUCUGACUAGAUCAGUCAUUACUGCAAUGCUUUUUGAAGUGAAUGUACAAUCAGGUGUAAAGUACUGACAGGCACUUUCAAUUAUGUUUCUCUCAAGUAGGAUCUGAUAUAGAUCCUAAUUUUUUUUCAAGUAAGUAGAUAGUUAAAUAAGCGAUUAGUUUUCCUAGACCUGGGAACGUGUUAGUGUAGUUAAUGCUCUCUGAAUUAAGAGCUCCCAAUCCUUAACAAAUUAAGCUGUUGGUCUGACUGUGAACAUAUAUUUAAACUAUAUUCCUGUGUAGUUUGGUAUAGCUUUGGAUAGUAGAUUGUGAUAGAUUUGUUAUUAACUUCUAACCCUUCAGAUUGUUAAACCAUAAAGUCAAAGUUAUCAUUUUUUUCAGAUUGAUAGGUGAUGUAGUCUAUAUAUCAGAAAAUAUUUCCUGAAAUCUGAAUAAGAUUUAUUGUGACUUGAAAUUGGCUGUUUUGCAGCAGUAAUACAGUACAAAGAUAUUAAAUUACUAUCAACGACAGAGUAAAUAGUACAAAAAAAAACCACGAGGUAGUGUUCACGGACCAUUCUGAAAUCCGAUGAUGGAAGGGAGGAAGCUGCUCCUGAAUCGUUGAGUGUGGGUCUUCAGGCUCCUGGAUCUCCCUGAUAGUAGAAACAAGAAGAGAGCAUUACCAAGAUGGUUGGAGUCCUUAAUGAUGAAUGCCACCUUCUUGAAGCAUUGCCUCUUAAAAAUAUCCUCGAUGGUGCGGAGGGUUUUGUCUGUGAUGGAGACAACCAUCUUGCAAUCCUGUGCGUUAAAACGGGCUAAGAUGCAACCAGACAAAAUGCUCCCCACUGCACAGCUAUAUAAAUUUGCGAGGCUCCUUUGGUAAUAAGUUAAUAACUGUCAAUUGUUUUAAUUCACCGGAGUAGUUAAUUCCAUAUCGACUUUUCCAAGAACAAGGCUCUGUGAUAGUGUUAUUCCUUCAUACUUGUUUGAAAAAUAUCUGCUAACAUCAAUAAAUGUCCUUUCCUUUCAUAGAACUGACACAAUCCCCAAUGAAGUUUCCUUACACUUCCACUAUGAUGGCACUUAUAGAUGCCCGUUUGGACACUUGAGCUCCAAUGCAUGAGGCACAAUGUAAAUAAUAGAAUUCAGUAAAAAUUAUUUUCUCUACCUGCCUGGGAGGGAAUGAAAUACUGGACACAUACAAUAUGAUCUUUCAGUUGAGAUAAUAAUGAGCUAACAGGGUAGUGAAGUCAGAGACUGGAAAUAAAAGCAAAAUGGAAAAAUGUACAGAUUGGUGGAACAAUGGAAGAUGCAGUGUGGUAUAUUUGAAAAAUCUUUGCAUCAUAGCAAAAUUGUCAAUUGUUCACCUACACCAGAAACAGUAUCGAAGUAGCAAAGGAGAAAGUUGAAAAAUUCCCAGAUCUGCCGCACACUUCACAGUAGACAUGUCCCAUAUAGGCAGAGCAACAAAGAGCACAUCUUAACUACUGACUGCAGUCAACUUUCUAAGAUAUAUUUUAUUAUUGCACAUUAUUAUUUUAAAGUACAAGAAUAGAACAAUUAGAUUUUCACACGGUGAUCAUAGGAUAAAAUCAGACAAAACUGAAAGCAAAGAAAACGUUUCUUCAUUAUGUGACCAUUAGGAUCAGACUGGGUUAUUGAAUUCUAAUGGUCUUUCUCUACCAUAUUUAUGAUAGUAACAAAAAAAUUGGAAUAAUGGAUUUUAUAAUCUGUCCCAAUGCCCCUCAAUACUGUUAAGCAAUCACAAGCUGUUUAGUUACCAGUUACCAUUAUGGUAUUUAACAUUUUUUUACAAGGGAUGGUAACAAAUGAGUGUGAUGCUCAGACAAUGUUGAGUAAUUCACUUUCUCAAAAAGCUGAUGUCUACACACCAAAGUCAGUCAUACAUCAUGUACCUUUACAGAAUGAGCACAACAAUGGAGUUUCCCUUCGAUCACUUUGAUCCGGUGGUGUCCAGGGCAAAUGGACCCACAGCAAAGUGAUGAUAUACCAUAUAGACAUGGUUUCAAACUAACAGUUUAAAUAUGUUCAUCUUAGUUUUAUUUUAACAAAUCAGAUUGAUAUCACAUUUAGCUACAAUGACUUUUAAGGAAUACAUUUGCAAGUUAUAUCUUAAGCUUAAGUACCACUUGGAGACUUAAGCUGUCGACUUUAGAAUUCUUCACUAAUAUUGGAAAUCCACAUUCUACAAGUGCAGGUAUUUUACAGCACACUGGCCAGUUGCUCUGGAUUAGUAAAUAAGUUGCUAUGUAGGAAAGCAUGCUGGAUCGGAGAAAAUUAUGAUAAAAUAACAGACAAGUACCAUAUUUCCAGCUGUAAAGGAAUUUUUUUGACUGACCAUAUUUCAUGAGUUAAUUUACCAACUACACGUGUUUUUAGCUGCAGGUAUCUAUGAACCUCGUUUUGUGUUACAUGUUACAUAUUAUGUAAAGUUCAAUACCUUUUAUAUUCUCUUUUGAAUAAAUCUUUUGUACUGUUUAAAUUACAAGAUAUAUACAUCAUUUUACUGAAGACUAAUGGAUAAAUUUAUAUUAAUUAUUUUUAUGAAAUGUGUGUUUUACUUUUGAAGUUCAACAAAUUCAGUGUUCAAUAAGAUGUUAUUUUAAUGGAAAAAAAGUUUGGCAAUUUUGUUAAUGAGUUGGGGAAUUCUGAUUUCAAUGUAACGAUGCCCUAGGAAAUUGAUAUGAUGUAUUUCAUUGUAGUUAAAUUUCAAUCUGAAUGUUGGGAAAUGUGACUGCUUUACUUUGUGAAGAAGUAAAUAGCAUUAAAUAUGAAAAAAAAUCUGCAGAUGCUCAAAAUCCAAGUUACAUACACAAAAUGCUGGAGGUACUCAGCAGGGCAGGCAGCAUCUAUGGAAAAGUGUAAACAGUCGAUGUUUUGGGUCGAGACCCUUCAUCAGGACUGGGAAAGAAAAGAUGAGGAGCAAGAAGGUGGGCGGAGGGGAGGAAGAAGAAAAGGUGGUAGGUGACAGGUGAAAUCAGGAGUGGGAGGGGUGAAGUAAAGAGCUAAGAAGUUGAUAGGUGAAAGAGAUAAAGGGCUGGAGAAGGGGGAAUCUGAUAGGAGUAGUCAAAAGGCCAUGGAAGAAAGGGAAAGGGGAGGAGCACCAGAGGGAGGUGAUGGGCAGGUAAGGAGAUAAGGUGAGAGAGGGAAAUAGGAAUGGGGAAUGGUGAAGGGGGGGUGCAGUUACCGGAAGUCCGAGAAAUCAAUGUUCAUCAGGUUGGAGGCAACCCAGACAGAAUAUAAGGUAUUGCUCCUCCAGCCUGAGUGUGGCCUCAUCACGACAGUUGAGGAGGCCAUGGACUGACAUGUGGGAAUGGGAAGUAGAAUUGAGGUGGGUGGCCACCAGGAGAUGCCACCGUUUCUGUUGGAUGGAACAUAAUGCAGUGAACCGGUCUCCCAAUCUACAUUGGGUCUCACCAAUAUACAGGAGGCCACACCAGGAGCACUGGAUACAGUAGAUGACCCCAGCAGACUCACGGUUGAAAUGUCACCUCACCUGGAAGGACUAUUUGGGGCCCUAAAUUAGACUAACGGAGGAGGUGUAGGGGCAGGAUGGCAUUUGUUCUGCUUGCAAGGAUAAGUACCAGGUGGGAGAUCAGUGGGGAAGGAUAAAUGCACAAGGGACUCACGUAGGGAGCAAUUCCUGUGGAAAGUUGGGGGAGGUGGAGAGGGAGAGUUGAUGUGCUUGGUGGUGGGAUCCUGUUGGAAAUAGCGGAAAUUAUGGAGAAUUAUGUGCUGGAUGCAGAGGCUACUGGGAUGGUAGGACAUAUUCCCGCUAAGGUGUGCGCAUGUGAACACAUCUUCUGCCAGGAGUGCAUAAAGGAAUUUAAACUGCUCACGAAAGCUUGUUGCCCUCUACCUCGUUGGCUUGGAACUGACUUAUUUAUACUUGUUUUACUGAAUAAAUUAUUCGAUGCACACAUGUUGUUGUCACCGGGCAAUAAACUUGUGCACACUGGUCAUUACAAAUGAGAGGGAACAUUGGUGAUAGGCAAGGACAAGAGGAACCUAUCCCUGGUUGGGUGGCGGGAGGGUACGGUGAGGGCAGAUCUGCACAAAAUGGAGGAGAUGCAGGUGAGGGCAGCAUUGAUAGUGAAGGCAGCAAAGCCCCCUUCUUGCCCUCUCCCGGUUUCACCUAUCACCUACCACCUUGUAUUUCUUCCUCCCCCCACCUUCUCGGUCUAAUUUCUCAUCUUUUUUCUGUCCUGAUGAAGGGUCUUGGCCCGAAAUGUCAACUGGCUCCUCUUUUCUAUAGAUGCUUCCUGGCCUGCUGAGUGCCUCCAACAUUUUGCGUGUGUUAAUAGCAUUAAAUAGUUUGGGCACUACUCAAUCACACAAUAUUUCACUCUUAAGUUCAGGAUAGCUUAACCCUUGGUUGCUGUUUGAUUUGGGAUUAAUUGCAUCUUUCCUAAAUCUGCAAAAGAAACUGCUGCCAAGAAGUGACAAUUUAUCCACCUCACUUCCUGUGUGUUGCAAGACUAAUUAUAUUAAAAUGUUAUUAUUGUCACGUGA